GUUGUGGAUCAGAUAUGAUUAUGUAAUUAGUACUAGUAUAUUUAUAUCAUACUAUACUUAUAAUAUUAAGUAAACUGGAUUUAACAGUGUAUAUAACUAAUGAGAAAUUUACUAGUGAGUGCUACCAUAUUAGAGUGAAGAAAAAAUAGCAAUAGCAACUGAAAUUAAAACUAAAAGUAAAGCUAAAACUAAUUGUCCAUCAGUUAUGGCUAAUCUAAUAGAUAAGAAUCAAUUUCCUAUAAGUCUGCUCAAUUCUCCUAUAGGUUAUUCUAAGAAUCCUUUAUUGUAUGAACAACAAUCUUCUAAUGAAGAUCAUUCAAAUCGUUCAAGUCGUUCCAGUACUAGUACUCCCAUUUCAAAUAAUAAGAAUAAUAAUGAAGAUAUCAAUAAUCUUAUCAAUCUAAAUAAAACAUUAUCAUUAAAUCAAACUCCUCCUCAUACAUUAACAUUUGAUAAAUUACCCUAUGAAAUAAGAUUUCAAAUAGCUAAUGAAUUAUCUCAAUUUGAUUGUAUAAAGUUACUUCGAGUUAAUAAAGCCAUCUAUGCAUCUACUAUCCCUCGAUUAUAUCAAUAUAUUGUUAUAAAUCAAGAUUUUAAUAGUUUUAAUAAUGAAAAAGAAUAUAAUUAUAAACAUUAUGAAACAGAUAAUAAUCAUACUUAUCAUAAAGAAUUUUCAUGUACAUUUAUAAAUAGUUCGUAUAAUUUUAAAAGAUUCAUUAAAACUUAUAAUUCCAAAUUUACUAAAGAAGGUCAACAUAAUCAAAUUGAUGAAAACUUCCCUCAUAUUAGACGAUUCGAAUGUAUAAAUAUUCCUGAUUCUUUAAAUGUAUAUGAAUAUGAAUUUAAUCAUGAAUUAAUUCAAUUCUUUAACCAUUUAGUAUGUCUACAAGAAUUAAUCUGGUUGAAUGAUAAUUUCCGACUUGAAUUUCUUUAUAAUUUAAGAAAUAAACACUUAAUUCGAACUUUAGUAUUAAAUAUAAAAUUUAGUAAUUAUUUAAAUGAAUUAAAUCAUGAUAAUGAAUUAGAUGAUUUUUCUCAAUUGAAUUUCUCCAAUAUUGUUAAUUUUCAAAUUCAACCAUUUCAUAAUAGUCGGAAAUUGAUGAAGAUAAUUAAUAAUUUAUUAAUAAAUAGUCAUGAUCCUCAACAAAUAAGUACAAAUUUACACACACUUGUUUUAUCUAAAUAUCAUAAAAAUCAUGAUAAUAAUAUUCUUUUACCUAAUUGUCGAGAUCUAAUUGGAUUCUCUUCUCCAAGAAAUAAUAUUAAUAAUAUUAAUAAUAUUAAUAAUAUUAAUAAUUCUACUACCAUUGAAAAUAUUGUUCAUUCAACUUUACAUGAUAUUGAUUUAAAGACUAUUUCUUCAUUAUUUAAAUUUAGUAAGUUGAAAUAUCUUGCCAAUAUUCGUAUUUUAUCGUUAGAUAAUUUCUUAGUAACUUCUGAAGAUGGUAAACUAUUUAUUGAAUCAGUAAAUUUAUCUACUUUAAAUUCUCUAAUCUUAAGAGGAGUAUCUGAAUAUCAAAUAUUACCUCAUGAAGCAUAUGGAAUUCGAGAUAUAGAUCGAUUACAGGAAUACUUUCAACCAGGAUUUCUAGAACAAAUUGGUCAAUAUUUAACUGGCCUUCAACACUUAUCAUUAGAUUAUCGUCAGACUUAUAUUGAUUCUGUACCUAAGUUUUUACAAUCAUUACCACCAAAUUCUCUUAAAUCUUUGGAUUUACUUGUUAGACUUAAUCAUACAAAGCCAUUAAAUACUCAAGAAAAAGAAUCUACAUUCUACCUUGAAUAUCAAGAGGCUAUUCUUCGAUUCAAUAAUAGUUUAACUAAAUUAUCAUUGGAAUUAAGACAAGAGAUAGAUAAUUACAACGAUAGUAAUAACUUAAAUAUACUUGUUAGUAUACCAUCUAGAGUUAAUUUUUAUUCAGGAUUAAUCAGAUUAAAAAAAUUAAAUAGUUUAAGAAUAAAUCCCGGAGAUAAUGUGGAUGAUUUAUUAAAUUUAAUUAAACAACUCAAACAUUUAAAGAAACUAGAUAUUUUUGGAAGUAAAGCAGGAGGUUCACCUAAUCUUGGAUUAGGAAUGAUUCAUCCUACAAUUUAUGAUGAAUGGUUUAAAGUUCAACAUGUAGCAUUAUUUUAUCUCCAAUGUAAUCGAAAUAUUGAUUAUAUGAGAAUUAAUGAUUGUAUAUUUGAAUGUAAUGGUCAUACUUUAAAGAUAAAUCCUAGACAUGGUAUUACUAGAUGGUUUGAUAUGCAUGUGAGACCAAAUCAAUCGAAUUUAUGAAUAAAUUUUGAUGAUCAUUCAUUGUUGACUGCAAUUUGCAACCUUUACAAUGACGUUUCCGAAAAUCGGUGUUGGGACUGCAUAUACUUCCAGCCAAUCAAAUAUCAUCUGAACCUGCUUACUCCCUUAUUUAUAUGGGGAUAUAUAAAUUAAAGGUGGUGAGAGUCGUGUCGGAAUGCCCAAAAAACUUUUAAACUAUAAAAGCAAAAUUAUAAUUUUUGACUUCAAUUACUAAGGCAUUGAAUCAUAUAUAAUAGUAA